CGACCAGCUGGGAAACUCCCCUCGUAAAGCCCUGAGUAAAGCCCAGUUCGCAGCGCAAGAACGCGACCUCUUCGCUCUGGACCUCCUUCUCGCCAACCGCCAUUGCGACAUCGACCUGCUCACAUUUCCACACCACACACUUACAACACCUCCGGCAGCUACAGCAGCCUUCCCUAGUGGCUGGACUUCGGCUCCCCACUCUUCUUUUCGCUUUUGAGUUACUGUGGACCUGGGAAUCACCAUGCAAAGGUGUACAAUGGUCAUGGCGGUCCCGUGCGCAUUCCAACACUCCAUCUUCGGCAUGAGCUCACUCGUUGGGGAGGCAGAUGGUGCCCCACUGCGAGUCGCCCUCGGUGCUCCUACACGCCUUGCAAGGCACGACGUUUCUGGAUGCUGCAGAGGUUCCCCUUGCUUGUCUCGGAACCCCACCUACCAGUUCGUCGCUACCUGCACGUCGUCCGAAGCCGUCGGCUUUAGCUGCGCGUCGUCGGCAAUGCGCAGAAGUGUUCUCCCACUGUCCCAUUCGGCUCACUGCAACAAGGAUCUACGGCCACAAACAAGCGGAAACGAGACAACAAAGAGAACACGGCAGUCGAUGGAGAGACAACACCAUUCCGCCGGAGUACGCUGGAGAAACGAUGGCUCAACAACCUCCAACUGAAAGCACUCUGCAAAACCGAGCAAAACCGCACCUGUCACGCCUCCGUCGCUCUGCAUUCAGCGUUCCGCUCUCGACUUCACGAUCGCUUGAGGCUGAUUGUUUUGGGCCGUCCUCGCGAUCGUUUGCCAUCCACCACAACCGCGAUCGCUUGAGGCUGUUUGUUUGGGCCGUCCUCGCGAUCGUGUGCAUCUCAUUGAAUUUAUGCGGCGAUCUUUUCCGGCACAUCCUUUAUCUAAUCCGCUCCCUCGGCCGAUCCCUCUGCAUCGUCGAAACCUGCACGUCGUCAGAAGAAUUAUGACCACGCGUGAUUGUCAUCUCUUCUGGUAAAGGGAGAAUGGAACUCGACUCUUGCUCAGAAACAUACUCCGCACCGAGCAAAACCGCACCUGUCACGCUAAGAGCUGGAACCAUGGACCCGCAUCAUCCGAACCAUGCUUCCCAUUGGCCACGCUUCCCAUUGGCCACCGCUGCCCCAGUCUCGAGCGUCGUUGCCCACGCUUCCCAUUGGCCCAGCGCAUGUAACCCUAACUGGUAACCCUAACCCUCAGUUACGGUACGGGUAUUAGGGGAAGGCUGUAACCCUAACUGGAAGUUAUUUCGCG